AUGGAUCGUUCUCUGAGCAGCCGCGACCAAUCCACAGACCGUCCGAAUGACACCUUCCCUUCCACCACUUCCUCACAAUUCACCCAUUCUCAGUACCCAUUGUACCCACCUCCAAUUGACGCGGAGCUGACAAUGUCCUCCAACUACCCUGCCAUGCCUCAGUCCUACACACAACAACUACACGACGCCAGCAAUGAUGAUAAGAUGGAUGCCAGCCCGUCUCAGAACACUUUUGCAGUCAACACCAAUGGCGCAGGCAACGGCGUCGCGACAGACCCAGCUAUGGCUCCUCCGCAGACUCCCAAUGCGCAAGCCCUUGUAACCACGGCGUCGCGCUCUAUGGUCGAAGAUCCGUCGGACACACCCAUGACCGGUGACAAGAGAAAGCGCUCAAAGGUUUCGCGUGCCUGUGAUGAGUGUCGACGGAAGAAGGUCCGCUGUAUCAAUCCACCCUCCGAGGACGACGAAAACGAUGGCGGUGUUCCCAAGACCUGCACCAACUGUGAGAAGGCUGGUACUGUUUGUGGUUUUGAAAGAAAGCCUAUGAAGCGAGGCCCGUCGAAAGGCUACAUCAAAGAUCUUGCCGAUCGUGUCCAUAGCGUGGAACAGUUACAGGCUGCCCAUCUUCGACAAUCUCUCGACAUUGGCUCUACCUCCGUUCCAUUCGACCAGGUAGCAUUCUCGCCCGAGGAAACACCCACAAGUCGCACAAGAUAUUCCUUUUCCAACGCUCAGACUCCAUUUGCGCAAUCAGAGUUCCAGCGAGAUAGGAUCCCUAGCACUGGUGCCUGGGGUAGCAACCUUCCUGACCUUCGCUCUCGUGACCGUGGCAGCCUUGCAAUUGCCCCUGAUCAAACCCUUCCUCCUUCGGGCAACGCACCUGACUCAGACCUUGGUAAGAAUAACGCUGUCUACACUGACAAAUCCUUUUGGUCCGAUCUUGAUGAAGCUCGUCCCGCAAAACGCCAGAAAACCGACGAUUCACCUGAUAACAUGGAAUCCUUCGACCUCAACGAGGCUCAUUUGAGCCAGUACUAUAAUCACAUCCAUCCACUUGUUGGCUUGCUUCCUGAAGCCAAGACUGUCAUUCGAGUGAUCGAGAAUGCAACUGUCAAAGUCUCUCACGCUUUUGUCACUGCUCUCGAAUUGUUGCCUGGUGUUCCUUCAGGACCGACUGUGAACGGCGAUCAUAACCAAGACUCUACUACUCUAUCUCAGACCUCAGUCACAACAACCAAAACCUCUUUCAAAUCCAGUGCGUUCUCCAGCUUUGACGAGUUUUCAAAGUGGCUUUCGGCCAAGCUCAAGGACCAUCCUGCCGAUCGUUCUGAUGACGACAAUUUGGCGCUCGUGUGGACUUGUCUUUUGGUGGGACUUGCGCUUGAAAACGAUUUCAAUGGAAUGAUUUCUGAUCCUCUUCUGACUGCGGAUUUUCUCAGCCAAACCUUUGAGGUCGUCAGCUAUCUUGUCGCAGAUACUAGGACCCCAGCAGAGUCAUCCAUCACUGACAACGAAGACUUCUUGGGAGUGGUCCAAACUGCUUACAACGUCAAUUUCUUGCUCGCCACCACACACGCCCUUGGCAGUGGUUUGAAACCCUAUCUCAAGGCUGACCGCAAGCUUUCUUCUGUCAACAAGACCACCUACGUCAGCCCUGAAGCUGCCUAUGUCACCUUGUUUUCAAACACUGUGGAAAUGAUCUUGCCAUUCAUGGAGAUUUCACAUGAAUCAUUGGGCUUCUAUCCUUUCAAAUGGCUCAAGGGUGCCGUACUGUAUGGCCUGGCCCAUUAUCCGACCCUCGAUGAAAAGAGCGCCAUCGUCCGUCAGAUCAAUGCCUUUCUCGCAGUGGUAGUUCUUCGCAACAAGAAGGAUAUUGCUACAGAGGAACUCUUUAUGACGACUAAUUUCUUGGGUAAUUUCAUGGCUCAGAAAGGCAGGGAUACGUCAGAAUCCUCUCCUUAUAAUCCUAUCGAUGUUCACUGUUAUGCAUUGGCCACUAUCACUCUCCUUGAGAUCACCUUGACCAGUGGUAACCCCUUUUCUCGCACCGGCAGCAAGGAAACGAUCGAAGAGCUUGAGCCUAUUCUUCAAGGUAUCUCCGCUACAUAUCAUAAGCACCACGCUGGAAUUGAAUGGUUCUAUGCACCUGAGAACGGAGCCAAUGAUGGUUACACUACGACUCAUUGGUCUGAUUGCCUCUUGGGAGCAAUCAAACAUGCGAGAGCAAAUGAGCCCUCCGAGUAUGAGUGGAGCCCAGAUGAUCGUAUUGUCCCUGCAUUUGAUCGUCUGCUGCGUCGUGGAUACUUGAACGUACUUUCCUUGUUCCCUGCUCAGUCGGACUGA